AUGCCGAGUCAGAUUCUUACAGAUAGGCAGCAGGCCGAACUCAAUAAAGCCGUUUUACAGUAUCUCCAACCCAUCUGCUCUACAUCAGAGACGAAUGAGAAUCUCUUCCAUCAGCUAGAGAAACUACUUCUACCUAGCAAAUCCAAUGCGCAAAAUUCAAAUAGCGAUGAUGGGUUGGUUGAGCAGUACCUAGAAAAGAAAUGGUCAACCGUUCUACGUCUACAGAAGCGCAUAAUUGAUCUAGAGAAUGAGAUAACCAAUCUACGAAGUGUUGUUGACGUAGCGCCCGUGGUGAACCUCAGCAAGGAUCGGGUCAAUUGGAUACCCACAUCAGCUAUACAAACAUUUGAAACACCCAAUGUUGUCAACAGCGUAAGGCUACAUCCUGUUCUCCCGUUGGUAUAUGCCGGAUGCAAUGAUGGCUCGAUCAACAUUUGGAACUUUGCCUCCGAUGACAAUGCAUUGCCGGAAAAGAUUAUGAAAGCGCAUACUCGAGGUGUCAAUAAACUAGCAUUUUCGCAAGACAAGAUUGAAUUAAACAAAGGCGAUGAGCCCCAGUACAUCUUGGCAUCAUGUUCAUCGGAUCUCACUAUCAAAUUGUACAACGCAACUACUCAUCAGCAUUUGAAAACUUUACGCGGUCACGACCACACGGUAUCCUCCAUACAAUUUUCAAAACUGAAUCUACUAUAUAGCGUUUCCAGAGAUAAAACUAUUAAGGCGUGGAAUGUGGUUGAUGGCACAUGCAUCAAGAGUUUUGUUGGACAUAGUGAGUGGGUUAGAGACUUGGACGUAUGCUCAAGCAAAUUAGGGGACUUUGUGCUAACGUGUUCCAAUGAUCAAAGUGCAAGGUUGAGUCAUGGGCAAUCCGGGACUGGUGUGGCUUUGUUAAUUGGGCAUUCUCAUGUGAUAGAAGCUGUGAGAUUCCUACCUAAGCUUUCAAACAGUGUCAUUGACACCUUUAUCAUGAACAAUUCCGAUUUGUUUCCUUCACUUCCAAUUGAGCUUUUGAAAAAUGAUGUUUAUGGACAAUUUGGUUUCAAGUAUUGUCUCACUGCAAGUAGAGACAACACAAUCAAACUAUGGUUAUUACCACCGCCCACGCAAAUUCCAGGACGACCACCGAUGCCAUCCAAAUACAACCAAGCACAAGCGUGGCUAAUUGCAAACUUAACGGGCCAUACCUCCUGGGUGAAGUCUGUACAAGUUCACCCUAAUGGAAAAUAUGUGCUCAGUGCAUCUGACGAUAAAACAAUCAAGGUGUGGGAUUUGAAUGGCUUGAAUAUAGAUGGUUCAGUUGGAGUUAUUCGGUCCCUCUCUAGCCACCAAGGAUUUGUUAGUGAUAUUGACUUUGCCCGGCUCGCCAAGCGCAGCGAAGAUUUCAAUGGUAAUAGCGAAGAGGUGUUGAAGGAUGUAGAGGCUCGGAUGCGAUGCGUAUUAGUCAGUGGUGGGACCGAUAAUACGGUUAAAGUUUGGAAGUGA